AAAAUUGGCCGUUGAACGUGGAAAAUUCAUAGACAAACAGACAAGGCCACAUAUUCCAUCUCUGUCCUGGAUCGUCGAAGCAGGAAAGAAAGCCAUCGAAUCCAUCGCUCUGUCUUUUUAUUUUAUUUUUAUUAUCUUUUGCUUUUCUGGAAAAUGAAAUCAGAAGAAAACGCAGACUCUCUUCACUUCUACUCAAUAUGACGAUGCGACGUCGUAACAUCUUUCUCUUCUACUAUUUUUCAUUUUUCAUCUUCUCUUGCUUGCAAGUUUAUGUUAAUGGCGAUGUUAAUCGCACCGUUACUCCCAUCAAUCGCGAUCUCUAUCACUCCAGUAACGAUUUGAUGGAAAUGAUUAAGAAUUUAGUGGAUCGGCACCCGGACAAGCUCACUAUGGAUACAAUUAAAACAGGAAAUAAGGGCUAUAGUGCAGAGAUCAGGGUAGUUACGUAUUGCCGGAGACGGAAAGAUAUGGAAGACAGGUCAAAGUUUCGGAUCCUUCUUACUUUUGGGCAGCAUGGGAGGGAGCUCAUCACAUCCGAGCUUGCCCUGAGGAUCUUGUCAAUUUUAAGUGAAGAGCAAUUUCUACCCUCCAUGGAUGCAGCUUCCUUAAACAGUACCCUUGACGACCUUGUUAUAAAGGUAGUGCCGAUGGAAAACUUGAAUGGCCGCAAACUUGUUGAAGCAGGAGAUCUUUGUGAACGAAGAAAUGGGAGAGGAGUUGAUCUAAACCGAAAUUGGAGUGUAGAUUGGGGCAAAAAAGAAAAGGACUUUGAUCCGUAUGAAGAGAAUCCUGGAUAUGCUCCUUUUAGUGAGCCUGAAACUCAAAUAAUGCGGAAACUUGCAUUAUCUUUUGAUCCUCACGCAUGGAUUAAUGUACACUCUGGCAUGGAAGCACUAUUCAUGCCAUAUGACCACAAAAACACUACUCCUGAUGGAUUGCCAUCACAGCAGAUGAGGAGGUUGCUCGAAGAAAUCAAUAAACUCCACUGCCACAACCAUUGCAUGAUUGGAUCUGGUGGAGGCUCUGUAGGGUAUCUGGCACAUGGGACAGCAACAGAUUACAUGUUUGAUGUUGUAAGGGUGCCUAUGGCUUUCACCUUUGAGAUAUAUGGAGACAAUACUGCCCCAUCAAACGAUUGCUUUAAAAUGUUUAAUCCUGUUGAUCACUCUACCUUCAAUGGAGUUCUCAACGAUUGGUCUGCAGCAUUUUUCACAAUUUUUAAACUGGGACCAAAUCACCUAGACAAAUCCCAGGAAAAAACCUCUUUAUCAAAGCUGGACAAAUGGGUAUCCAUAGAUGAAUACCUCGAUGGUUACUUAAUGGAAAGAACUCAUAGAUAUGGGAAGAAAAUGGAGGUGCUUGACAUUGGAAUGCAAGAGAUAAGAACAUAUUUCAGGCUGUUUAUGUUAUCAUCUGUGCUAUUAAUGUUCAUGUUCUGUUCCAGAAUUUCAAAAAGCAAGUGCAGUAGGCCAAUAGUUUCCAGCCUUGCAGCAGCAGCCGCCGCAUCCCAUUGAAUUGGUUCUGGUAUGUACAAGUACACGCUUACAGAUAAUUUUUUUCUCAGAAUAGUGGAAGUUUUCUCGGGUACACAACUCUUCAAAGUUGUUAGCUAGCAUUGUGUGACUUGUUGUGUCAUAUCUUGUAUUUGUCAAAAUUUUGCGGUUCCUAAUAGAUGGGUGGUUUAUUGAUGAAAAAAUUUUGUUGCAGUUUUUCUGUUCUGUUGAUAAUGUGCUCUGAUCUAACCAGAUUCAUUCAUAUAAUAUAUACAUCGGAUUAACUGGUUCA